UCGUCGACUCGGAAGCGCUCGCGGCGGGAGGGCCGGCGGGGCCGGCACAGGACGAGGAAGGGGAAGAGGCAGCUGCGGGGCCGGGAUGGCGGGGACAGCGCUCAAGCGGCUCAUGGCCGAGUACAAGCAACUGACGCUGAAUCCGCCCGAGGGAAUCGUGGCAGGCCCCAUGAAUGAAGAAAACUUUUUUGAAUGGGAAGCCUUGAUCAUGGGCCCAGAAGACACCUGUUUCGAGUUUGGCGUUUUUCCUGCAAUUCUCAGCUUUCCCCUGGACUACCCACUCAGCCCCCCGAAGAUGAGGUUCACCUGUGAGAUGUUCCACCCCAACAUAUACCCUGACGGAAGGGUUUGCAUCUCCAUCCUGCACGCCCCCGGCGAUGACCCCAUGGGCUAUGAAAGCAGCGCUGAGCGCUGGAGUCCGGUGCAGAGCGUGGAGAAGAUCCUCCUCUCAGUGGUGAGCAUGUUGGCAGAGCCAAAUGAUGAGAGCGGUGCUAAUGUAGACGCUUCGAAGAUGUGGCGCGAUGACCGGGAACAGUUUUAUCGCAUUGCCAAACAGAUCGUUCAGAAGUCCCUGGGGCUCUAAGACCCUCCCUCCCUCCCUCCCCUCCCCCAUGCUGCUCCCCCCCCUUCCCAGUUGUCACAGCCACUGCGGCAGCGAUCCCACUGAUCGCUUGGUUGGUGACACCGGAGCUUCCCCUCUGGCCCUUGAUGCUCCUUCCCUUGGAUGGGUGGCGGCUUCUGUGCUUUGGAGUAUUCCUCAGACGGGGUGAGGCGUCUGGGCCGCCUUGAUGGCGAGGGGGCUUGUGAGAGGCCAGGCUUUCAGUGGGGGACAGUCUGUCGGGCUCCCUGGACCCAGAAGGAAGGACUGGGGGCACAAGCAGAUUCCAGGCCCAUCCAUGGGUGUUUACAUAUGUGCCACAUGGGAAACAUCCUGCAAUCAAAUUCUGUCCUUAACAAUUUGACAAAUACAUGUUUUUCUUAUCA